AAUGAUUGAAUACCAAAUAAAUAAUUUAAGUAUAUUGGAAAAGUGAGACAAUUCCAGGAAAACAGGAGCUGGCGGGGGUCCUGAAGCUAGAACUAAUUAUGUUGACAUACUAGUAUACGACAUCCUUGUUAAAGAUUCGCCAGUCUUGGAAGCCAUUCCGGAAAGUAUGGAGGAAUUGGUGGAGGAAGCGUUUUAUGAGAACGAGAACCCUCCAACUACAUCAAAGGCGUCGAAGGAAUCAUCUACAGAUUCUACCAAAACGUCUAAUUCAAGCACCAGGGAUUCCAUCAAACAAUCGGCUCCAAAGAAAAGAAAACUUGAUCAAUAAAAAGAAGAAACGCUAGAAAAUGCUGAUCUCAACCGCCGUAAACUAGAAUUGACCAUAGAAGUUCUAGAGAAAGACGGGAACUAAAAUCACUGGAGAUCGAAAAAAUGACAAAUGAAAGUCAUAUUAUGAGCUUGAAAAUAUAUAGUUUAGAACUCAAGCAUGGUCUUCCCAGAUCAAAGUUCACAGAAAAUCUGGGACACACUGAGAAACUCCGGUGAACCGACUCAGGUAGAGUACCUUCUGUCGAGUCCUGAAAAUGAGCAUCUUAGUUUUAAUGGUGAUAUCUAGUAUUUAGUAGUGUUUGGAUCCAUCAGCGGUGUAAUAAAAUGAUUUGACUUGCUUACUCUAAUUUAGGCCGUUCCACAGAGAUUUUACCACACAUUCUGAAAAUCUGAGCCCUGUUCUAUGAAAUUACUCACUGCUUUCGAGCAGAAUAAUUUGCAUUAGAGUAACUCAAGUAGUUUUGCACGGAAUUUAUUUAGUGCAGACUUGAGUACGUUCAAAGUGUCUUGCCCUUCCGGAACGAAAAUGGGAAUAAAGGUUGAUAUUCUUGCCAAAUAUUUCAGCAUAUUUCUUAUUUAUUUCAAUAAGUGUUUUAAAGAUCAAUUAUUGCUAAAAGAAUAAAUUACAUAAUACGAUAUUAAAAUACAUAACAACAUACAUAAUACAUUAAUAAUAUUGCUUACAUUAAUUGUAAAAUUUGCAACUGUCGUCUACGAGCAUCAACUUCUGUAUUGUCAGCAUUCAGUUCAUAAUGUUUCGCAUCUUCAUUUUGUAAUGGUGGGUCUUAAAAAUCAAAGGCAGUUUUUUUCAUUUUCUCGGGCAAUAUUGCAUAAUGUCGCACAACAUUUCACUAUUUGUCCAGCAAAGUGCGGGUUUACUAUCAGAUGGUUCAAGCAUGGGAAUUUUUCUUUGAGAAUUUCAAGUGCCCGCUCAACACAUUGCCUUGUGGCUUUCAAUCUAUUGUUGUGCCUGCGCUCACCAUCGCUUGUUGGAUCAUAUAUCAGGAUAAGCUGAAUCUCCUAAUAUCAGUCCAUUGGGAAAAAUGUACUCUUCUUCCUUACGACGGAACAAGCUGCUCAUACGCAAAACUCUUGCGUCAUGUACACUUCCCGGCCAUUUAGCACUGACAUAAAAAAAUCAAGGUUUGAACCACAAACAACCAUGCAGUUAAUUGAAUGGAAACCUUUCCUAUCAACAAAGACUUCUUCAUUUGCUAAAGGAGCAUCAAUUGGGAUCAAGGAUCCGUUUAUUAUUCCUAUCACACAAGGGAAAUUUGCCAUUUUGUAGAAUUCUUCUAUUACACUCGAGAUGUUAGACUGCCAACAGACUUUGUGCUGAAAGAGUCUUCUAUUAAUUGCGGCAACAACGCGAUGAAUUGUCCUUCCUACAGUUGAUUUGUGGAUUCCAUGACAGAGCCCUGUACCGUGUUAUUGGUUUCCUUGUCCAAGCCAAUGCAAUGUGGUGCACAACUGUUGGUACGGUUUCAGUGCUCCUCCACGAUUGGACAACUCGAUAUCUCGAAGUAUUUCCUCUGCUUUCCGUGGAGUCAUCCGCAAAGCUUGAACAAAAUCAACUUCAUAUUGAAAGGAGAAAUUUAUUCGUGGUGCGUAAUAUUUCGCUCUCCGAAUUCUUUGUACAUGAUACACUACACUUUCUUCAUCGUCUGAGUCGCUUAAAAUGUUAAAACGAUACAUUUCUGCACCUCAGUUAGGUCCCACGAAAAAUUGAAGCUUGUAAAUAUAUUUACGGAAGUAUUCGGACUUGUAAAUAAAAGUACACUUCAAAGCUAAUAGUUUGUUCUUGUAUUUUUUAUGCAACAAGUACUUGUAAAUACGACUAGUAUUAUUAGCAUAAUUGACUUGUAUUAUUAGGCUUGUAUACGUGUACUUGUAGAAUCAUUAUGCAACAGAAAUAUAGAAGUUAUAAGCUACAAUACUAAUAUUAUUAGUGAAAUUUUGAUUAUGCAACAGGCCCCUGGUAUCCCUGGAUCCAUUCUCAAAAUUAAGCCAAAUGAUCAUUAUGCCAAAUAACCGUUAUACCAAAUGUCCGUUAUGCUAAAUGACCUCCCGAAUAGAAAUGCACAGUAACAAAACCAUGAAUUUCACUGCGACAGUACAGUAAUUUUACAAUAAUUUACAGUAAGUUCUAGUGUUAUGCCACAAUACAAAAACAAUAAGCUUUAACGUUUUUACAGUAAAUUUCAAUGUAAAAACGACUUUUACAGUGAAAAAGGAGGGUGGUUAUGUAUCUUAACAUUAAACAAAUCGAUUUUUCUCCAUACAUUUUUCUCAAAAACAGUAAAAUUUAAUGUGAAUUUACUGUGUCAGUUUUUUGCUGAACAGUAACAUUAAUCGUUACAUGAAAUUUUAUUGUAAAUCUACUGCCAGACCUCUGCGACGAACAAUGUUGAAACAGUAACAACUAUAAUAUUUAUUGUUUUAUGAUUGUUUGUAGAGUAAAUGCUAUUGUAAAAUUCUAUUCGGGCUUAUAUCAAAUUGACCCAGACCCGUCAAACAUUACCAACCUAUCUUUUUUUUCCUCGGUGUAUGAAUCAUAGUCGGAGCAACGUUCCGUUCGUGACAUACCAUGGCAUUCGCAAAAAAUAUGUGCGAUGUUUUUUUGACGUGUUUAUGAAAACACUGAUUGUUUUUCAUCACUCAGAAAAAAGUAUUAAAAAAUUUAAAAUAAAUUUGGACGCAAAAAUAGUGAAAAAUAAGUUUUAAAGCAGCAUGAAUAUCUGCCGCGUCUGUAUGGAUAGUGAUUGUGAUGGUUUGGUACCGAUAUUUUCCAAACUGGAGGAUGCAUUCAUUGCCAACAUCAUCGUGGAGUGUACAGCGGUGCAGAUCGUGGAGGACGACGGUCUUCCGACAACCAUCUGCAAGACGUGUAUCGAUGAUUUGAAGCAUUUGAUCCUGUUUAUCAAGAAGGCUCGCGAAUCCGACCGAAAGUUGCGGAAAAUUUUCAAAUUGGAGUCAAGUAAGAAAUUUGCGGAGAAUUCACCGAAAAUUGAUGGUACGAAUUGGGAGCCUGAACUUUUACCGAUAGCCGUUUUUACGGAAGAGAUUGUCGAGGUAAAAGCAGAAAUUGAUUCAGAUGAUGACUUGGUGGGAGAGAACAGGACGCCGAAGUAUGAGUCAAGUGAACAUGGAGAGAACGUGACAGAUGACAAUGAUAGCGAAUGGAAGAGUAGCGGAUCUUCGGUGGACAAAUCUACAGUACAGAAAGGACACAGAGGUCGGAAGAAAAAGUAUAGAGAAUCAACCGAUAGCGACUCUGAUUCCGCAUCAGAAGUCAGAAGAUCAACGCGAGGAAGGAGACGGAGGAAAAAGCCAGCUCAAAAGAAUGGGGGGGAUAAUGAGGAUGAUUCCAAGGAAGACGACUUAGACGAGAAAGAACUUGCUACGUUCAAAAUAAUCGCUAUUAGAAAAGAUCAAUUGGUUUGUUGUGCCUGUCUUCAGAUAUUCGAUAAUCGGAAUGAUCUUCACGUUCAUGGUGAAAAGAGUCAUGUAAAAAAACGACGUGUCAACGCAUCGAAGACGAACAUUUGCGAGAUCUGUUUCAGGCGAUACUCGACACCACACGCCUUGAAGCUUCACAAAAAACGAGUGGCAAAUGCAGCACAAGUGUACGAUUGCACGAAAUGCACGGCUAGAUUCAUAGAUAGUAAUCGCCGUCGUCAGCAUGCUCACAAUCAUCCUAGGGAAAAGGAAAUUAUUCCCUCGAAGGUGAUUGUCGCUCCUAUCCCAGUUGUCGUGCAGGAGGAGUACGGGCGAAUCUGUUGCGCGCAAGCAUGCUAUCAAUCUUUUGAAACGGAAGAUCUGCUAAUUGCACAUGCCCACACGAUUCACAAAAUGAACAAAGUGGAACAAUCACUGGAUGAGAAUAGGGAUAAACCGAUAGAAUGUCCAGUCUGCUUCAAACGAUUCUUCGACGAGAUUUCCCUACAAAGACACCAACAGCGAAAUUAUAAACCUCUAAGCCAUCAAUGUUCCGUAUGUGGAUUGAAAUUACGCGGUGGUGAGGCACUCGCCACUCAUGAACGAUCACACCGCAACGAAAAACCAUUUCAAUGUGGGGUUUGUCAUAAAUACUUCACCAGCAAGGGAAGCCUGAAGGCUCACAUGAUGGUGCACAGCGGGGAGAAACCAUUCGUUUGUUCCACCUGUGGAUGGAGUUUCCGGCGAAAGCGCAACCUACAGGUGCACGUUCUGUCACACUCCAACAAUCAACCCUUCCAAUGUGAGGUGUGCCAGAAGGCGUUCAAAUCGAAGGUACAUCUUCAGUAUCACAUGAGAACUCACACGGGAGAGAAGCCGUACCCUUGCCGCUUUUGUGAUAAAGCCUUCGCGGAUCAUACCAACAGGCAGCGACACGAAAUGUCACACACUGGUAUCAAACCGUACAAAUGCAGCUACUGUGAUAAGACAUUCAUUCGGAAGCGUUUCCAGGUCGACCAUGAAAGUACACACACAGGUGUCAAGCCAUAUCGCUGCGAGAUGUGCAAUCGAACCUUCAGUCAGAAAACCGCACUCCGAAGGCACUUGGAAUCACAUCCGCUGGCUCCGGAAAAUGAGAUAGCAUUAGCAGCCCCCUCACCAAUGCCCGCGGUUAGCUCCACUCAGAUGGUAGGCGAUUCGGCAAUGUCUCCACCCGCUGUCCCUAUGCAAUCGACAAUGGGUGGGCUGAUGGAAGAACCAGGUCCCAGUGCGAGUGGAUACUUCCAGCAUCCACGAAAUCUGAGCGUAAGUUUGCAUCCUGCCGUGUGAUAGGAGGGGUGUUCUAUUUGUUUACGAUUAAAUCAACGAUUA